AUCUUACUGGCAGAGAGGAGGGAGAGACCCAAAGCUCGACUCUUGAGGCUGCGUACAAACAUUUCAAGAAAUUUCCUCUUUUCGUUCACGCAACCAAACACCUCUCUCUCUCUCUCUCUCACCCUCUUUUCUUUCUCUUUGGGUUUCUCAUCUGCUUCAAUCAAUACCUUGUUAUUUCCGCUUCUGAAGUUUACCUCAAACCCUCUCUUGUCAUGCUCUAAAAUUCGUUGAUUCUGGUGGUUUGUCCCCAAAGUCUUUGCUGGAUACCAAUUAAAUUUAUUUAAUUUGGUUCAUUCCUCGUUCUUUUCGUUUCGUUACUCCUAUUCUUUCGUGGGUUGCAGGUUCAAUUUGUUAUUGCGGCACGCAAUAGGAUUUGGUUGAGUUUAGCGUAUUCAAUUUUUGUCAAAGAUUAUUACAAAUUCUGGAUACGAUCGGAGACAAAAAUUACUACAAAUAAUGGAAAGAAUCUUUCCUUAAUGCUUGCCACUGAUUUAUGGAAUGGACUGGCUGUAUUUUCCUACUGCCAGUCUUUGUGAAUCAUGUUCGGUGGGACAAAGGGUUCAAAUCCCAUUGGUGUGCUCAAAUCACAUGUUGAAUCAUCUUUGACUACAGGCUUGCUUAAGGAUGUGCCUCCUGAGAUUGAAUUGUCUGACUACGGAAGGGUACCACCAAGCCCUGGUAGUGAGAGCCCUUCAGGAUUUCUUAAUGGUGAUACUUUGAAUGUAAAACCAAUUGCUGAUUUGGACCUGUUCUUUGAAAGGCUUUAUGGCUACUAUUGUGAGAAAGGGCUUUGGUGCAUCAUUAUAAAGUGGAUAGUUGAGCUUCUAAGCCUGGGGUUCACCAUUUGUUUCUCGGGAUUUUUCUUAUUAUAUGUGGACUGGAAUGGUCUUCGUAAUGCAAAAUGUGGGAUGGAUGCAGUUGAAUCUGGAAUUAAGCCUUGUGAUCUUGCCAAGGAAGCGCUUCAUCAGCACCCGUUAACCCCUUUAACACUUAGCAAAGCUACCAUUGUUGGAUAUUUAGGGAUAUUUUCCAUUUAUUGGAUCUUUUGUUUUUUAAGGUUUUUUGCUCAAUUAAAGGACACUCUGGGGAUUCGUCACUUUUAUUACAAUAGUCUCCAUGUUACGGACAAUGAAAUUCAAACAAUGCCAUGGGCAACAAUUCUUGAAAAGGUUGUUCAGCUGCAAAGUUCACAACAACUCUGUAUAAUUAAGGAUCUUUCUGCUCAUGAUAUUGUGAUGCGAUUGAUGCGCAAGGAAAACUACUUGAUUGGAAUGCUCAACAAGGGGGUGCUUGCUUUCCCCAUCUCUCAAUGGGUCCCUGGUGCUGGGCCAACGGUCAAAUUUGUCUCGAAUGGAACACAACAUCGUCUGAUACUGACAAAGACCUUAGAGUGGACCUUAAAUUGGUGCAUACUACAGAGCAUGUUUGACCGAAACUUCUGUGUUAGAAGGGACUUUAUAUCUAAUCCUACAACAUUAAAGAAAAGGCUUAUGGUAGUCGGGCUUGCGAUGCUUCUUCUUUCUCCAUUUCUUGUCAUCUUCAUGCUGGUCUAUCUCUUCCUGAGGCAUGCUGAACAGUUCUAUAAUCACCCAAGCACGGCAUCAUCUCAAAGGUGGUCAACUUUGUCAAAGUGGAUUUUUAGGGAAUACAAUGAGGUGGAUCAUUUGUUUAAGCAUCGGAUCAAUAGCAGUGUAGAGCAUGCUUCUAAUUAUCUCAAGCAGUUUCCUUCUCCUAUUAUUUCUAUUAUUGCAAAGUUCAUCUCCUUUGUAUCUGGUGGCUUUGCUGCUAUCCUAAUCAUCAUUGCAUUUCUGGAGGAGUCAUUGCUAGAGGGCCAUAUAUUUGGUCGCAAUUUGUUUUGGUAUGCUGCUGUUUUCGGAACUAUUACCGCGAUUAGCCGGGCUGCUGUUACGGAUGAGCUUCUAGUUCUUGAUCCUGAGGGAGCAAUGUCUAUGGUUGUCCAACACACACAUUACAUGCCAAAGAGAUGGCGUGGCAAAGAAAAUACUGAGAUGGUCCGUGCUGAGUUUGAAACCCUAUUUCAGUACACUGGAAUGAUGCUACUUGAGGAGAUGGCAUCAAUUUUCCUCACUCCAUAUUUACUUAUAUUUGUUGUCCCAAAGCGUGUGGAUGACAUUUUGCAGUUCAUUGCAGAUUUCACAGUGAAUGUUGAAGGUGUUGGUCACGUCUGCAGUUUCGGCAUCUUUGACUUCCAAAGACAUGGCAAUAGCAAUUAUGGUUCACCAUAUAAUGCACUUCGAUCUGAGAGGAGUUCCCAGGGGAAAAUGGAGAAAUCAUUUUUGAGCUUUCAAAGUAGCUACCCUUCAUGGGAAGCGAAUGCCCUAGGAAAGCAGUUUGUAUCAAAUCUUAGGACUUUCAGGGAGCAAAAUCUGCAAGGGCAGGGAACCAGACAGACAUAUUCCCCUAGAAUGUGGCGAGAGAGCCCCAUAUUCAGGGGCCGUGGAGACAGACGUGCCUUUUUUUCAAGGGAGCUUACACACAAUAGUCCUGGAACCGGCUACCAGUUGGGUUCCCUGUGGCUAAUUGAUCCAGAUCACAGGACUCAUCCGUAUCUUCUUGAUUGGUACUAUACUUCACAACCAAACCACACGGGUGACCAAUCAAGAGACAGUGUACAAGAACCCUUUGAAGUGACGGAGCAACAUCCUGGAGAUUAUUGGAUGCCAUCCAACUUGACACGAAAUAAUGAACCAAGGUAUGAAGAAUACCAGGGUGACCAUUAUGAGGAUCGAACUCAGUCCCAUAUGGGGGCUUCAACAUCAGCUCCUUUCUUCCGGGAUAGUGUACUACGGCAUCAUGCUUCUAUUAAUUUGGCAAACCCAACCAGUACCCGGAGCCAAUGGUGGACUAGAAGUGGCCCAGAUGAUGUGCAACCACAGACGAGUUUCCUUGAGCCUCCGGCUUUCAAUAACCGGAUUUCAGGGAACCAUUAUGACAAUUUUUCAGAUAGAAGCUCUGAGGAGCAGGAGCAACACCUGGACUGGAGAAAUAAUCGCAAAUUAUCCCAAACCACUUGCAUGGAGGACUUGGAGAUGGGGGACUUCAAUCUUCAUUUCGAUGAUAUAUAUAGCGGACCUCCAGAAACUCCAAGAAUAAAUCAAGGCCCGACAAACUUCGGGUGAUCAGAUAAUUGUGAUGCAUAUGGAUUUCCAUUUCUUUGAUUGCGAUAGCUGUUCCGCGUGUAAAGGAAACUAUGUAUUCUUUGUUGUAUAUAAAUUCGUCGUGGGUUUAGUUUCUGAAUAAGCCUCAAGCUUGAACUGGAAGGUGACAGAGGUCCAAAGAGUCAUCGUAGGCUAUCGGAAAAUGUAAAAGCUAGAAACAAAUGUAAUUCACUGAUACUUUCAAAUUCUCUUUAUAAUGGUUAUAUGGACUUAAAAUUCUAGUUUAA